AGUUAUUUCAUUGAACGGACAAAUCUUCACCUUAUUCAUUUUCUUCGGACAAGAUGAACUAUUUGACAUACUUUUUGUCCCUCUUCUUAAUAAAUUAUGUUAUUCUACAAGAGAUACCCCCCCCUAAACCUGGAAAAGUACCAUUAGGACCUAUCGAAAGACCUAUAUACGAUGAUACAGAUGAAAAUCUACCGGAGCUGGAAGAAAUUAGUACUUCAGGCAAUGAAAACUGCGAAAGUAAAAGCGACCUGGGAGACGAGAUUUUAAUAGACUAUGAAGUAAAAUUGCAAGAUGGAAUCAUCGUUGACUCGAGUUACGAUAGGAAAACCCCAUUACGUCUUCGAUUAGGCGUAUCAAAUAUUUUAGAGGGAUGGACACGAGGAAUGGAAGGAAUGUGUGUCGGCGAAAAAAAAAAACUAAAAAUUCCUCCACAUCUCGCUUACGGAAAAGAAGAAUCUGAACUCAUACCAGGAAACUCCGUCAUAUUAGUCGAGGUUACACUUUUGGAAAUUUUGGAGAAGCAGGAGGAAAGAGACAUAUUUAGGGAAAUUGAUGUAAACGGAGAUAAUGAAAUAUCUCCAGAGGAGAUGAAAUCAUUUCACGAUUGGGUUGAUCUAAAACAUGGUGUCCAGGAAAGAUCUAAUGACGAACAGAUGUUGUUUAUUAAAAACCUCUUCGAAUUGGAAGACAGAGACAACAACAAUGCUAUUACUUUGGAAGAAUUUUUAGAUGACAUAAAAGACGACGAAUUUAUGUCAUUUCUAUACAGAAGAGCUGGCGAAAAUUUUUCAAAAAUGAGGGAAAAUGCUAAAAUAAAAGAUGAGAUAUAUAACAAUUGGAAAGAGAGACAAGAUAAACAGACAAAUUAAUCAAACAAAUAAAUAUUUCUUUUGAAAAAGAUACCUAUAAAAUUGAAAAGCUAAGCAAACGUUUAAUUAUGUGACAGUAUAAUAUUAUUAGAGGUUAUUUCAAGACCUUUGCUUAAGAAAAUAUCUUAGGCACUGGAAUUCUAGAUUUUACUUAUUCUUUACAAAAUAUAUAAUAACCUGUUAAUUUUCCGAAAUAAUCUAUCUAGUAGUAUCUAAGAGAAAGUCUAUACUUAUCAUAUUUUUAUAUCGCAUUUAUAAAAUUUUUCGCAUUACACAACUUAAAUUUACAGAUGGCUAAAUUUUUUGAAGAUAAAUCGUUAGGAGGAGAAGAUGGUCCAAAUACAAUGGUUUCUCAUAUCUUCCAUAAACAAGACAUAAACAGAGACGGUGUAAUUAGUUUAGGAGAAUAUGAAGGACGAAGUGAAAAAGACGAACUCUAAUAGAUCUGAUUAUUUUUUUAUAUUUCUCACUUUUUCUGAACAAGAUGGUACCUAUUCAAGCCCUAGUAAUAUGUUAUUAAGAUAAUCAAAACUUUCUUAUACCAAUAUAGUUUUUUAAAUACAAUUUUCGAUGAUAAAUUA